AGCUGCCAUGUAAUGUUUCAUAUUAUGUGCUCAUUUUUCAAAAGAAGGAAAAGAAGAUAUGGUGAAAAGCAAGUUUCUGACAAGUCUAGUAGUUCUAAUACUCCUGUUGCCAUAUGCAAAUGCAACCUUGCCAGGGCCUAAAGCUAAGAAGCACCUCGUGUUGGUUCAUAGGGCAUGCCAUGGAGCCUGGUCCUGGUAUAAGAUUGUGGCAUUGAUGCGAUCUUCAGGGUAUAAUGUCACAGCUAUUGACUUGGCUGCUUCAGGUAUCAACCCCAAGCAGGCUCUUGAAGUCCCACAUUUGUCUGAUUACUUUAAUCCCCUAAUGAAGUUCAUGGAUUCACUUCCUCAACAUGAAAAAGUGGUUCUUGUAGGCCAUGAAUUUGGUGGCUUCGCCAUUUCUAAAGCCAUGGAAAUCUUUCCGGAAAAGAUUUCAGUUGCUGUAUUUGUCACAGCUGUAAUGCCUGGUCAAACUCUUAAUGCAACUAGAAUUUACACCGAGGAUUUCGUGCUGGCCACUACAGUACUAAGGCCGAUAUACAUAUACAGUGUGGAAGAUGUUUCCAAGGAGAUAGUUGUUUCAAGCAGAAGGUAUGGAUCAGUUAGGCGAGUAUUCAUUGUUGCUGCUGAAGAUAACCUUCUGAAGAAGGAAUUUCAAAAGUGGACGAUUGAAAAGAAUCCACCCGAUGACGUGGAAGAGAUCCAUGGCUCUAAUCACAUGACCAUGAUGUCUAAGCCCCUUCAACUUUCUACUAGCAUUGCCAACAAGUAUAUAUAAACACUGUUAACUAAGAACCAUAAGAGGUACAUUUGUAAAGCUGAGAAUAAAACUUUAGUCAUCUGAUGCAUUUAUAUUGCGAUAUCAAUUCUUCCAUGUAAGUCCUAAUACUAC